CAUGGCACUGAAGCUGCUGCCACUUUGAAAUGAGCUUUGGAGGAAAGCAGUUGGGAUUAGUCCAUGAUCCUAUCAGGGAAGGCACAGUCCCUAAAAGUAUGUAUAUUAGUUAGAACUAGUACUCUGAGUCCUGAGUAAAAGGCCCAUGCAGGAGAAUGGGGGAAAGGGGAGGGCAGAAAUUCUUACUAUAAUUAGCUUCGGGAAUAAUACAGCUGGGGGAGGGAAGGGAGUACAGCCAGCAACUAUUUUGAGCACAGCUCCGAUUGACAGGACAUGUGUGCUGGACUGUACUGAUCCCAGGGCCAAGUUGCCUGCCUGUGGUGUGUGGUGUGGGGGGGAAGGCCUGGGGCAGCAGGAGCAGGACUGCCAUACAGACAGGCCGGACGGGGUACCAGCGCCUCAACUCUCUCCCUGAGACACUGUCCAAACUCCGAGGGCCAUAGGCCAAGCUGAGCGAUGGGUGCUGAGGAGAAGGUGCUGGUCACAUUGUCAGGGGGAGCCCCCUGGGGCUUCCGACUUCAGGGGGGGGCCGAGCAGAGGAAACCUUUACAGGUGUCCAAGAUCCGAAGACGGAGCCAGGCUGGCAGAGCAGGACUCCGAGAGAGGGACCAGCUUUUGGCCAUCAAUGGGGUCUCCUGCACCAGCCUCUCUCAUGCCAGUGCCAUGAGCCUCAUUGAUGCCUCAGGGAAUCAGCUGGUCCUCACGGUGCAGCGGGUAGAGGAUGAGGGGCCUGUGCGGUCUCCAUCCCCUGGUGAGCGUCAGGCGUUGUCACCCUUAUCGCCACUGAGUCCUGAGCCCCCUGGCGCUCCAGUUCCCCAGCCUCUUCAGCCUGGGAGCCUCCUCUCACCCCCUGACAGUGAGGCUUACUACGGAGAGACAGACAGUGAUGCCGAUGGCCCUGCCACCCAGGAGAAGCCCCGCCGACCCCGCCGCAGAGGCCCCACGAGGCCCUCCCCUCCGGGAGCCCUACCUGAUGAGGUCUACCUAUCUGACAGCCCUGCAGAGCCAGCACCUGCUGCCGCUGGUCCUUCCAGUCAGGGUGACAGCCGUGUGAGCUCCCCAUCUUGGGAGGAUGGCACAACCCUUCAGCCACCCCCAGCCGAGACCCUGCUGUUGCCCCAUGGCCCCCUCCGGCCUGGCCCUCAUCUCAUCCCUAUGGUGGGGCCUGUUCCCCAUCCGGUGGCAGAAGACCUCACUACCACCUACACCCAGAAGGCCAAGCAAGCCAAACUGCAACGGGCAGAGAGCCUCCAAGAGAAGAGUGUGAAAGAGGCCAAGACCAAAUGCCGGACAAUUGCAUCCCUACUAACUGCAGCCCCCAAUCCCCACUCCAAGGGGGUGCUUAUGUUUAAGAAACGACGGCAGAGAGCCAAGAAGUACACCCUAGUGAGCUUCGGGUCUGCGGCUGGGACAGGCGCUGAGGAAGAAGACGGCGUUCCUCCAACCAGCGAGUCCGAGCUGGACGAGGAGGCCUUCUCCGACGCCCGUAGCCUCACCAACCAGUGCGACUGGGACAGCCCCUAUCUGGACAUGGAGCUGGCCAGGCCAGGCUCAGCUGCAGCAGAGCGCCAGGGUGGGCAGCUGAGUGAGGCCUCCGGCAGAGGGGCCCAGCUCUUUGAAAAGCAGCGCCAGCGCGCAGCCUCCAGCACCCAGGAGCUGGCCCGCGAUGGUCCAGCAGCCAUGCUCAAUGGGCAGGGCCUGCAGUCACCACCUCGGGCCCAGAGUGCUCCUCCAGAGGCGGCUAUGCUCCCAUCCAGCCCUUCGCCAGCCCCUGUAGCCAGCCCCAGACCCUUCCUCCCAGGCGGUGGAGCCCCAACCCCAGCUCCAAACAUCUUUAACCGGUCAGCCAGGCCCUUUACCCCAGGCUUACAAGGGCAGCGGCCAGGUACCACUUCGGUUAUUUUCCGGCCCCUAGCUCCCAAGAGGGCGAUCGAAAGCCUGGGAGGCCUCAGCCCCGCCCCACCGCCCUUCCUGUCCCCUCCACAGGGGCCCACCACUCUGCCCAGCCACGUGCCAGCCUCCGGUUCCCCCAGCACUCCACGUUCCUCGGGCCCCGUGACAGCCACAAGUUCCCUGUACAUCCCAGCCCCCCAUCGUCCUGUAACGCCAGGAGGAACCCCAGAGCCUCCCGCUCCCCCUAGCGCCGCUGCCAUGACCUCCACCGCUUCUAUCUUCCUCUCGGCUCCUCUGCGACCCUCUGCGCGCCCAGAGGCUCCCGCCCCAGGCCCCGGGGCACCUGAGCCCCCCAGCGCUCGGGAGCAGCGCAUCUCCGUGCCAGCUGCUCGCACUGGCAUCCUCCAGGAGGCCCGGCGACGGGGAACCCGGAAGCAGAUGUUCCGGCCAGGAAAGGAGGAGACGAAGAACUCGCCCAACCCCGAGCUGCUAUCAUUGGUGCAGAACCUGGAUGAAAAACCCCGGGCUGGGGGAGCGGAAUCUGGUCCUGAGGAGGAUGCUCUGAGCCUCGGGGCUGAAGCCUGCAAUUUCAUGCAGCCACCAGGGGGCAGGAGUUACAAGACUCCGUCUCACGUGACACCUAAGACCCCGCCUCCAAUGGCUCCCAAGACCCCGCCCCCAAUGACUCCUAAGACUCCACCCCCAGUGGCUCCUAAGCCCCCACCUCGAGGGUUCCUUGAUGGGCUAGUGAAUGGGGCAGCCCCUUCGGCUGGAAUCCCUGAGCCAGCAAGGCUUCAGGGCAGGGGUGGGGAGCUGUUUGCCAAGCGGCAGAGCCGAGCAGACAGGUAUGUGGUGGAAGCUACACCUAGUCCUGGCCUUGGCCUUGGCCCUCGGCCCAGAAGCCCUUCCCCUACACCCUCACUGCCCCCCUCCUGGAAGUAUUCACCCAACAUCCGUGCCCCACCUCCUAUUGCUUACAACCCACUGCUCUCACCCUUUUUCCCCCAGGCUGCUCGAACUCUCCCUAAUAAGGCCCAAUCCCAAGGUCCUCGGGCAACCCCCAAGCAGGGUAUCAAGGCUUUGGAUUUCAUGCGGCACCAGCCCUACCAACUUAAAACUGCCAUGUUCUGUUUCGAUGAGGUUCCCCAGACUCCUGGCCCCACCUCCUUAGGGCCCCCCAAAACUGCCCGAGUCCAGGAGAUCCGCCGAUUUUCCACUCCAGCACCCCAGCCCACUGCAGAACCCCUGGCCCCCACUGUGCUUGCCCCCCGAGCAGCCACUACAUUGGAUGAGCCCAUCUGGAGGGCAGAGCUGGCCUCAACCCCCGUCCUUAGCCCAGCCCCUCCUCCAGAGUCUCCCAGGGGUCUUGAGACUUCCCCCAGCUCCUGUGGCUUCCAGGUAGCCAGGCCCCGGUUCUCAGCCACCAGAACUGGAUUGCAGGCUCAUGUGUGGAGGCCAGGGGCAAGCCACCACUGAACAGGGCACAGCUCCCAGGACCAAGGAGAGGUGGAACGUCCAGUUCCUAAAGUUGCUUCUCCUACCCUCCCAUGUCCUCUCUCAGGCAUCUGGAGGCUAAAUUCCCUCCUGCCAGAGAUAGUUUUGGAGUUGGUGUCCCAUCCUCCUGGCUCCCCACUUCCCUGCUGCUUUGCAACCUACUAUCUCUGCUUUGUUAUCUGUGCUUCUCUUUGUCUCUGUAGUUCCUCGUGUGGAUCUCUAUAUCCCAGUCUCCACCCACACCCCUCCACUGAUUUCUCUACAUUUGUGCUUUUCUGUGAGCCUUGUUUUAACGUUCAAUGAGAAGCACACAGAGAAGUUACUAGUGAGACCUCAGGCAAGCAGCUCACCAUCAGGCAGGUUUCAAAGGGACUGAAUUGAUCUCUGUUUGCACUAAAUUGCUUGCUACUCCUCACUCUCAUUUCCCAAGCUUGGCUGGCAUAUAUCUAGACAUGUAUGUGUGCAAGUGUGUAUGUGCGAGUGUGUGUGGGCACAGAUGUGUUCUUAUGUCUGAGGCAAGAGUAAGAGGAGUGGUCUAAAUAAAGACCCAGUCUGAGUCUUUGUACUAAUUAAAGAAGGGUCAGAUAGCCUCUCAUGGAUAGUCUAGCGGGAAGAAAGAGAUUGAUUGGAAUUAAAGACCAGUGCCUGUAGCAGGGGUACAGCAUCUUGUGAAACUCACAGAUUAUGAGAAGACCUGAAGGGCUGGGGCAGUUUGUAAGGGCUGAGUUAUACCAGCUAGACCACGAACAGAACUAAGAAUUCUGUUCAUCAGGGGGCUCCUGGCUGGCUCAGUCGGAGGAGCAUGCAACUCUUGAUCUCAGGGUCCUGAGUUAGAGCCCCACACUGGGGGUAGAGAUUACUUAAGCAAGCAAACAAACAAAUAGUUCUAUUUGUCAGGAUUUCAGAAAGUUAGCAACUUAAGAGCCCCAUGCUGAGCUACAAGCAUCCAGAAAGUGAAAAAGAAAGCCAGAAAAUUUCCUCUGAGAAGGAAAAAAUCAUUGGCUUCAUUUCCUGUACCUGAGACAGAAAGGAGGGUGAAAAGAGCCAUGGUGUGGAAAGUGAGGCAGAAACCAGGAGCAGAGUGGAACAAAUGAAAUUGAGCCACAGGGAGGAGCAUGGGGAGGGAGAGCACAGUGUUGGCAGACAGGAGAGUUGGGUUUCAAGAAACUCACUGUGGGAUUAGGGAAAAAUUUGAGAGGGAAGAAUGCAUUUGUUAGAGUGAGGCCGGAUGAUGGUGGGAGGAUGUGAGAGAGUGGGCUGAGUGUUGAAAGAAUAGGUAAUGUCUGUUCUACCUCCUUUGAGUCUGUCCUUCUACCUUCUGCAGCUUGUCAUAAUGACCUGGAAAAGGGCAAGGAAAUACCCAGAGCCAAUACCUCUUUUCAGUCUGACCCCAUCCCUUGAACCCUAGCUCUUGUUCCUUUCCAGCUUCAGAUCCUGCUCUCUGAUCCUAGAUGGGUAUGGACUCCCCUCUCACCAUGACCACCACCAGUCAGCCACGUUUGCUGCUUAAUCUGGAUUGAUUGUUGCCUUUGGAUAUUGAGUGAGAGUCACAGUACUUUGGUUUGUGCACAAGAAUAAACUUAUGCUCCAAAUCUUCUGUUGCCAUGAUCUCUUCUAGCUUUAUACCCAACUCCUAAUUCUCCUCCAUCUUCUCUAACCCAUUCCUCUGAUCUGACUCCUGAUUUCUUUAUCCAUUCCUGCCCUAUUUUUCACCCUUUGCUCUU